AUGAAGAUGACCACCAUCAUGGUUACAAACAUGGCCCUACGAAAAGCACUAACUGUCCGAUCUGGAUCUAAGGCCUUGUUUUGCCUGAGUCUCUCACAGCCCAGCCACCACAUGACUAUAACGGUCACCCUGAAGGACGAGGACCAUCAGAAGACUCUGCUAAGGAAAGGAACCAACAGCGGGUUUUAUAAAUGCUACCUCUUUAUGGUUCCUUCAGUGCGAAAGAGUGAAGUGCAGAAGGUUGAGGUUGUAGUAAGAAGCCACACAUUUAACUCCAAAGAGAUCAAGAAGGUCUUGAUCAAGGUUCUUAACCCAAGAACAUUCAUUCAAACAGACAAACCAAUUUACAACUCUGGACAGAAAGAAAAUGCAAAAGCAGUAAUUAAUAUUGUUUUAUUCCUUCUAGUGGAUUUCCGAGUGAUCACGCUGGACACCAACUUAAGACCAAUCAAUGAAGUGUACGACUCAAUAGUGAUCAAGGAUCCUCACAACAACAAGAUUGGACAUUGGGCGAAUCAAACUUGCCACAGCAGAAUAGUGCAGCAUUCUUACUUGUUGGACCCAGAUGCCCUUGAGGGGUUUUAUCGAAUUAUUGUGAAAACACGUGGAGAAAGAUUUUAUCACAGCUUCAAGGUGCAGAAGUAUGGUUUGCCCCAGUUUGACAUCAAAGUAAUCAUAAGUAAAGAAGUCAGUGUUGGACAGAAAACCUUUGACGUUCGCAUAUGUGCAAAGCACAAACAUGGAAGACCCGUGAAUGGAGACGUUACAGUGAGAGUCUGCCGUCCUCCCAAGAACUAUCAUGCCUGCACCCCGCCUCAUAUCCAUGAAGAUUCCAAGGAAAUCGGCCCAACCUCUCUAUGCAACACCAAACAUAAGGAGACCUGUAAUAAUGGCUGUGCCACUUUCAACUUCUACAUGUCAAACUUCACCAAAGGUGAUCCUGAAUCUUUGCUGGACGUCCUGGAUGUCAGCGCCACAGUCUGGGACAAGUCCUCGUAUAUUUCACACACACAGUGGGAGAGAAUGAUGAUAACAUACUCUAUAGGAAGGCUGACUUUCAUUGAAACCCACAAGACUUACACAAGUGGAAGGAAGCUGUUUGGAAAAGUCAAAGCUGUCGAUUAUGAUAGCAAACCGGUUCCUCAUCUUCACCUGUACCUGUUAUUGGGUGGAAAGGGUUAUAAUCUGAAGACUAUCACAGCUGAUGAGCAUGGGAUGGCCAGCUUUGAGCUUAACACGGAGACAUUUAAUGGAGAUGUCCUCCUUCAUGUGAGCCAAACACCAACACUGGAGUAUCCGACACAUGGAACUUCUUACUAUGAACCUGCAUCACUCAGAGUGCACAAGUCUGGCCCUGGCCCUUCAACAAGUGGAUAUCUGAGGAUACGCCCAUACUCCAGACCACUUCGCUGUGGUGAAGUAGAAAAAAUCACCAUUGAGUACAGAUUAAAGCAGCAGCACCAUAACCCGAGUUACGUAAGGUAUCUGGUCCAAACCAGAGGACGCAUCAUCCACCAUGGAUCCCAGGCGCUCGAACUGACUGCUCCAGUGAACAACGGCCACUUCCACUUCUCUCUGAAAAUCAGCCCAGACUUUGCGCCGUAUAUACAGGUGGUGGCAUAUAUUGUCCUCAGCUGUGACAAUGUGCUUGCCCACAGCGCAAAGUUCAACACAGAGAAGUGCUUGAAGAAUACGGUAAGAGCGAGGCUUUCGCCUUCUCGGGCUGUACCCGGAGAGGAGGUCAAACUGUGCGUGAAGACACAUCCCAUGUCUAUGUGUGGUGUAAGUCUUGUGGACGUCAAUGUCCUCCAGAAGGCACCAGGAAAGAUUCUAGAUGAAGAUAAGAUUUUUGAUUUGCUGCCGAUGAAGAAGACAAAUUCCGUCCCUCCUGAGGUUCAAGACAGGUCUGAAUGCGUGAAAGUGAGACCAAAAAGAGAUGCCGCCCUUGCUCUAACCAAUCAGGAAAAAGAAGAUGCCUAUUCAGUUUUUAAGAAAACUAAUCUGCAAGUGGCGACGAACUUGCCUAUUCAGAAUGCCCCGUGCCUCAGGCUGCAAGGAAAAAAAUAUGAAAAAGCUAUGUUCGUCAAAGAUGAGGACAACAAGCCUGGCAAAAACGAUUUGGAAUUUCUCCCUGAUCCUGGAAACAUCCCAUAUAUUUGUUCUGACACUAAACCCGGGGAGCCAGUCCACUCUCUGUCCACGGAGACCUGGAUCUUUGACUUGGUGGAAGUUGGGGAGAGAGGAGCAACCUGUGUGCCCUAUACUACGCCCGACACCAUCACCACCUGGGAGGCAGAGGUUUUCUGUUUGGCUCCUCACUCAUUUGGCUUGGCUCCUCGCUUCCUAUUCAGAGUCGUCCAGCCUUUGUCACUGGAUUUCCAUUUGCCAUACUCCAUCAUCAAGGAGGAGAGCUUUAUACUGAAAGCAACGGUCUUUAACCAUCUGCCUCGCAGCAUCAUGGUCAAAGUGACUCCAGCUGUCUCCUCGUAUUACACCCUAACCCUCCUCUCCGAUGACCAGGUUACCUUCUGCCUGUGUGCUCGCAAAUAUAGGAACAUCCGCUGGACCUUGACCCCCUCCUCCUUAGGUGUUGUUGAUGUCACCCUGACCGCCGAGGCUGUGCGUUCCUCUACUCACUGUUGUGAUGAAGAAGUGCGCGUGCCAGAAAGAGGUCGUACUGCAACGGAAACACAGACUCUCGUAGUAAAGGAUGUUGGAGCUGAGAUAAUAAGGACACAAAGCUGGCUCGUCUGCCCAAAAGGACAACAUCUAAGAAAGAAAGUUCAUUUACCAAUGCCUUCCGAUGCGAUUGAUGGCUCUUCCAGGACUGAAGUCUCCGUCUCAGGUGACGUUCUCAGCCAGCGUCUGAAGAACCUGGACAGCCUUCUCCGGUUGCCAUAUGGCUGCGGGGAGCAAAACAUUGCUAUCAUGGCGAUGGACACCAGCAUCCUCCUUUACUUCCAUAGCAUUGGCCAUCUCUGCAAGGAAACCAGGAGAAAGGGAACCUACCUCUUGACAAGUGGCUACCAGAGACAGCUUAUCUACAAGGAUAAGAAAGGAACAUUCAGCACAUUUGGAUCGGGACCACCAAACACUUGGCUGACCGCCUUUGUUAUGGCAACUCUAUACAACGCUCAAGCUUUCAUCUACAUCGAUCCAAAAGUCAUUGAGGAGUCUAGGAAGUGGCUGGAAUGCCAGCAACUUAAAAGUGGCUGUUUCAAAAUGUCUGGAAAAUUCUUCAACGAUAGAAUCAGGGGUGAGGUGUCCGAUGAAGUCACACUUACUGCUUAUGUCACUGCUGCCUUCUUGGAGACAAAUAUAUCUGCACAUAAUCCCGUGGUGAAGAAGAGUCUGUGCUGCCUAAGAAAAUCUGCAGAAGGCAUCAGCAACUCCUACACCACAGCUCUGCUGGCGUACGUCUUCACCCUGGCAGGUGACAUGGACAUGCGUGCUAAACUCUUCCAACAGCUUGAUUCACUUGCAACGAGAAAAGGAGAUCUCAUCUACUGGUGUCAGUCAGCAGAGAAAUCCUCCCCUAUGUGUGUGGAGACCACCUCCUACAUGCUGCUGGCCAAACUCAGGGGCUCCCUCUCUGGUAAUGACCUGACGAGUGCAUUGAGCAUCGCUAAGUGGCUUAUUGAGCAGCAGAGCAGUCAAGGAGGAUUUUUCUCCACGCAGGACUCAGCAGUUGCUAUUAAAGCUCUAGCCCUGUUUGCAACGUCGAUGAGUUCAGAGGGUUCAACCUGGGUCACAGUUACAUCUCCCAACGACCACCAGACCUUUCAUGUGAAUCCAGAGAACAAGCUGCUUUACCAAGAGUUGUUGCUGCAGGACAUGAAAGGAAAGUACUUGCUAAAGGCAAAGGGCCAUGCCUGUGCUGUAGUGCAGGUCUCUCGUCAUUAUAACAUCCUAGUUCUUAAUGGUGGUUCUUUUGCUGUGGAAAUUGAAUUAUUGUUUCACAAGCAUUUCCACAAAAGCCUUGUCACUCUGAAGCUGAAGUCCUUGUACACGGGAGACGGUAGCUGUACAAACAUGGUGAUCGUGGAUAUUGAAAUACCCUCUGGAUUUUUGCCAGUUCCAGAGUCUUUGGGCAAUCUUAAGAGUGGUGUGCUAGUGAAAAAUGUUGAAUACAAAAAUGGGCAUGUUAUUCUAUACUUAUGGGAGUUACACAAGGACAUUCCUGUGUUCCAUGAGUUACAACUGGUACUGGAGCAUGUGGUGCUACACCUAAAACCAUCUACCGUCAUCAUCUAUGAUUACUACAACCCAAGUGAUCAGAGUAUUUCAGAAUACCUAGCAUAUGCUUCAAAAGUCACCAAAGAAGAUCAUGGUACCAAAAAAACGGACUCAAUUGCCCAAAAUAUUUUAAAAUUUAAUAAAAGAUUAUUUCAUCGUUUUGGUCACCACCGUAAUAAAAAACGCAACAACCGCAAGAGCCAUCACUUUCGUCUUAAGCUCCCUAAUCUCUAUAAACACCGCCAGCACCAUAAAAACCAUAAGCUUCAUCAUGAUGAUAACUACAAUGACCAACAUGACACUGACCACCAUCAAGACCAUCAUGAUAGUGGCCAUGACUGCAAGCAGGACAAUCAAUGCCAACAUGAUCAAAACGACUCUGAUAAUGAUGACCACCAUGGCCGCAAUGACAACCAAGAGCACCUGGAUCAUCACCAUGAACAGCAACAUGGCCUUGAAAACCAUAACAAAGACAAGGAGCAUGACAACUACCACAAGCAUCACAGCCAUCAUGACAUAGACAGUAAUCAUGAUUAUGAUCAAGAUGAUGAUGAUGAACAUGACAAUGACCACCAGCACGGCCACAAAUAUCACAGCCAACAUGAAAAGGACCACGAUCAAGACCAUGAACAUGACCAUGAUCACCAGCACAGACACAAACAUCAUGACAAGGACCAUGAUAAAGACCACGACCAUGACUACAAUAAAGACCAUGACAAACAGCACAGCCAUAAACAUCACAAACAUCAUGCGCAAGAUAGUGAUCAUGACCAUGACCACGAAAAUCACCAUGACCAACAGCACAGCCACAAACAUCAUGACAAGGACACUGAUCAAGACAGCGACCAUGACCAUGACCAUGGCCAAGAUCAUGACCAACAACACAGACACAAACAUCAUGACAAGGACCAUGAUAAAGACCACGGCCAUGACCACAAUAAAGACCAUGACAAACAGCACAGCCAUAAACAUCACAAACAUCAUGCGCAAGAUAGUGAUCAUGACCAUGACCACGAACAUCACCAUGACCAACAACACAGCCACAAACAUCAUGACCAGGACCAUGAUCAAGAUCACGACCAUGAUCAACAACACAGACACAAGCAGCACAGACACAAGCAGCACAAACACAAACAUCACGACAAGGACCAUGAUCAAAAUCACGACCAUGACCAUGACCAUGGCCAAGAUCAUGACCAACAACACAGACACAAACAGCGCAGACACAAACAUCAUGACAAGGACCACGAUAAAGAUCACGACCAGGACCACGAACAAGACAAAGACCAUGACCAACAGCAACGACACAAACAGCACAGACGCAAACAUCAUGACAAGGACCAUGAUCAAGACCACGACCAUGACCACGAACAAGACAAAGACCAUGACCAACAGCGCAGACACAAACAUCAUGACAAGGACCACGAUAAAGAUCACGACCAGGACCACGAACAAGACAGAGACCAUGGCCAACAGCAACGACACAAACAGCACAGACGCAAACAUCAUGACAAGGACCACGAUAAAGAUCACGACCAUGAUCACGAACAUGACCAAGACAAAAAGCAGAGCAACAAACAUCAUGACAAGGACCAUGAUCAAGACCACGACCAUGACCACGAACAAGACAAAGACCAUGACCAACAGCACAGACACAAACAUCAUGACAAGGACCAUGAUCAAAACCAAGACCAUGAUCAACAACACAGACACAAGCAGCACAAACACAAACAUCACGACAAGGACCAUGAUCAAAAUCACGACCAUGAUCAAGACCAAGACCAUCACCAACAGCAGAAAAACAAACAUCAUGACAUGGACCAUGAUCAUGGUCACGACCAUGACAAUGAUCAAAAAGAUGACCAUGACCAACAGCACAGACACAAAGAUCAUGACGAGGAGCGUGAUCAAGCCCAUGACCAUGACCAUGAUAAAGACCAAGACCAUGACAUAAAGAACAGACACAAACAUCAUGACAAGGACCAUAAUCAAGAUCACGAACAUGACCAUGAGGAUGACCAAGUCCAUGACCAACAGCAACGGCACAAACAGCACAGACGCAAACAUCAUGACAAGGAACAUGAUAAAGACCACGACCAUGACCACAAACAAGACAAAGACCAUGACCAGCAGCACAGACACAAACAUCAUGACAAGGACCACGAUAAAGAUCACGACCAUGAUCACGAACAUGACCAAGACAAAAAGCAGAGCAACAAACAUCAUGACAAGGACCAUGAUCAAGAUCACGACCAUGAUCACAAACAGGACCAUGACCAUGACCAAGACCAUGACCAACAACACAGACACAAGCAGCACAGACACAAACAACAUGACAAGGACCAUAAUCAAGAUCAAGACCAUGAUCAUGAGCAUGACCACGAUCAUGACAGAGACCAUGACCAUCAGCACAGACACAAGACGCACAGACACAAACAGCACAGACACAAACACCAUGACAAGGACCAUGAUCAAGUCCACGACCAUGACCACGAACAUGACCAUGACCAUGACAGAGACCAUGACCAUCAGCACACACACAAACAGCACAGACACAAACAUCAUGACAAGGACCAUGAUCAAGAUCAAGACCAUGAUCAUGAGCAUGACCACGAUCAUGACAGAGACCAUGACCAUCAGCACAGACACAAGACGCACAGACACAAACAGCACAGACACAAACACCAUGACAAGGACCAUGAUCAAGAUCACGACCAUGAUCACGAACAUGACCAUGACCAUGACAGAGACCAUGACCAUCAGCACACACACAAACAGCACAGACACAAACAUCAUGACAAGGACCAUGAUCAAGUCCACGACCAUGACCACGAACAAGACCAAGACCAUGACCAACAGCACAGACACAAACAUCAUGACAAGGACCGUGAUCAAGUCCACGACCAUGACCACGAACAAGACCAAGACCAUGACCAACAGCACAGACACAAACAUCAUGACAAGGACCAUGAUAAAGAUCACGACUAUGAUCACGAACAUGACCAUGACCAAGACCAUGACCAACAGCACAGACACAAGCAGCACAGACACAAACAGCACAGACACAAACAUCAUGACAAGGACCACGAUCAAGACCAUGACCAUGUUAAAGACCAAGACCAUGACCAACAGCACAGACACAAACAUCAUGACAAGGACCAUGAUCAAGACCAUGACCAUGACCAAGACCAUGACCAACAGCACAGACACACACAUCAUGACAAGGACCAUGAUCAACACCAUGACCAAGACCACGAACAAGACCAAGACCAUGAUGAACAGCACAGACACAAACAACAUGACAAAGACCAUGAUCAAGAUCACGAACAUGAUCACAAACAUGACAAUGACCAAGACCAUGACCAACAGCACAGACACAAGCAGCACAGACACAAACAGCACAGACAAAAACAGCACAGACACAAGCAUCAUGCCAAGGACCAUGAUCAAGAUCACGACCAUGAUCACGAACAUGAACAUGACCAGGACCAUGGCCAACAGCACAGACACAAACAUCAUGACAAGGACCACAAUCAAGACCACGAACAUGACCAUGAUAAAGACCAACACCAUGACCAACAGCACAGACACAAACAUCAUGACAAGGACCAUGAUCAAGAUCACGACCAUAAUCAACAGCAGACUCACAAACAUCGUGUGACCAUGAUCGUGAUCAAGGACCAUGAUCAAGAUCACAACCAUGAUCACGAACAUGACCAUGACCAAAAGCAGUGCAACAUACAUCAUGACAAGGACCAUGAUCAAGAUCACCACCAUGACCAUGACAAGGACCAUGACCAACAGCACAGACACAAGCAGCACAGACACAAACAUCAUGACAAGGACCAUGAUCAAGACGACCAUGAUCAAGAUAACGACCAUAAUCACGAAAAUGACCAUGACCAGGACCAAGACCAUGACCAACAGCACAGACACAAGCAGCACAAACACAAACAGCACAGACACAAACAUCAUGACAAGGACCAUGAUCAAGAUGACAACCAUCAUCACAAAAAUGACCAUGACCAACAGCACAGACACAAGCAGCACAGACACAAACAUCAUGACAAGGACCAUGAUCAAGAUCACAACGAUGAUCACGAAAAUGACCAUGACCAAGACCACGACCACAAAGAAGACCAAGACCAUGAUCAACAGCACAGACGCAAACAUCAUGACAAGGACCAUGAUCGAGAUCCUGACCAUAAUCAUGAACAUGACCAUGACCAAGACCAUGACCAACAGCACAGACACAAACAUCAUGACAAGGACCACAAUCAAGACAGCGACCAUGACCAUGGUAAAGACCAAGACCAUGACCAACAGCACAGACACAAUCAUCAUGACAAGGACCAUGAUCAAGAUCACGACCAUAAUCAACAGCAGAGCCACAAACAUCGUGUGAACAUGAUCGUGAUCAAGGACCAUGAUCAAGAUCACGACCAUGAUCAUGAACAUGACCAUGACCAAAAGCAGUGCAACAAACAUCAUGACAAGGACCAUGAUCAAGAUCACCACCAUGACCACGAACAUGACCGUGACCAUGACCAAGACCAUGACCAACAGCACAGACAAAAGGAGCACAGACACAAACAUCAUGACAAGGACCAUGAUCAAGACCACGACCAUGACCACAAACAAGACCAACACCAUGACCAACAGCACAGACACAAGCAGCACAGACACAAACAUCAUGACAAGGACCACAAUCAAGACAGCGACCAUGACCAUGAUAAAGACCAAGACCAUGACCAACAGCACAGACACAAUCAUCAUGACAAGGACCAUGAUCAAGAUCACGACCAUAAUCAACAGCAGAGCCACAAACAUCGUGUGACCAUGAUCGUGAUCAAGGACCAUGAUCAAGAUCACGACCAUGACCACGAACAUGACCAUGACCAUAACCAAGACCAUGACCAACAGCACAGACACAAACAUCAUGACAAGGACCAUGAUCAAGACCACGACCAUGACCACAAACAAGACCAAGACCAUGACACACAGCACAGACACAAGCAGCACAGAAAAAAACAUCGUGACAAGGACCAUGAUAAAGAUCAUGACCAUGACCAUGAACAAGACCAUGACCAACAGCACAGACACAAGCAGCACAGAAAAAAACAUCGUGACAAGGACCAUGAUCAAGAUCAUGACCAUGACCAUGACCAAGACCAUAACCAACAGCACAGAGACAAGCAGCACAGACACAAACAGCACAGACACAAACAUCAUGACGAGGAACAUGAUCAAGACCACGACCAUGACAAAGACCAAGACCAUGACGAACAGCACAAACGCAAACAACGUGACAAGGACCAUGAUCAAGAUCAUGACCAUGAUAAUGAACAUGACCAUGACCAUGACCAAGACCAUGACCAACAGCACAGACACAAACAGCACAGACACAAACAUCAUGACAAGGACCACGAUCAAGACCAUGACCAUGACCAUGAUAAAGACAUAGACCAUGACCAACAGCACAGACACAAACAUCAUGACAAGGACCAUGAUCAAGAUCACGGCCAUGAUCAACAGCAGAGCCACGAACAUCAAGUGACCAUGAUCGUGAUCAAGGACCAUGAUCAAGAUCACCACCAUGACCACGAACAUGACCAUGACCAUGACCAUGACCAACAGCACAGACACAAACAUCAUGACAAGGGCCAUGAUCAAGACCACGUCCAUGACCACAAACAAGACCAAGACCAUGACCAACAGCACAGACACAAGCAGCACAGAAAAAAACAUCAUGACAAGGUUCAUGAUCAAGAUCACGACCAUGAUCACGAACAUGACCAUGACCAUGAACAAGACCAUGACCAACAGCACAGACACAAGCAGCACAGACACAAACAUCAUGACAAGGACCAUGAUCAAGAUCACAACCAUGAUCACGAACAUGACCAUGACCAAGACCACCACCACAAAGAAGACGAAGACCAUGACCAACAGCACAGACACAAACAUAAUGACAAGGACAAUGAUCAAGAUCAUGACCAUGAUCAUGAACAUGACCAUGACCAAGACCAU